AGUCAUACCGCAGGCAGAGCAGAGGCACCAGGGCCCUCCUCUCUAGGCUAAAAUGAGGAAGUUCAUAGUCAAGUUGGUCACAGCUUCCUUUUACAGCGUUCAGAGGCAGAGCAUGAACAAGUGAAAGAAAGGACUUGAAAGUACGCAACAUGAAAAAAUGAAAUAGCCUGAAAGAAAAGUCUUCUUUAGUUUGAAUGUAGUUGUAGAGCAGAUGCAAAACUCUUGAGCUCAGACUCUCUGGUAAGAAGCAGGAUGCCAAGUUAUCAGCCUUGGUGCCAUGGUAAUUUAACUCGAUCCAAAGCUGAGGUUCUACUUUCCACAGCAGAGAGAGAUGGAAGCUUCCUUAUCCGGGACAGUGAGUCCAUACAGGGAGCUUAUGCCCUCUGUGUUUUAUACCAGAACUGUGUUUACACGUACAGAAUCCUGCCCAAUGAGGAAAGGAAGCUCUCUGUCCAGGCAUCUGAUGGAGUUCCUAUCAGGUUCUUCUCUAUGCUGCCUGAGCUGGUGGAGGCUUACUACAGUCCCAACAUGGGUCUUAUCACACACCUGCAGUAUCCUGUCCAGAGGGAGGAGGAGGUAGAGGAGGCGCCAGAAUCCAAUCUUCCACCACAGCUUCCACCCAGGAACUUUGGAGCCAAUGAUGUGAAAGACACGGACCCCAGGUUUUCUGAGCUGGCGUGUAAUUCCGUAUCAGAAACCUACCUGACGAGACUGCAGCACAUGGACCUAUCCUCAAUCCCAGAGGAGCACCAGAUAGCUAUCCAAGAAUACUUCAGGACCUCGAUCUCCUCCGACGCUGACCACGCGCAGAAUGGUUACCCGACUCUGCCUGGGCUAAAGAAGCUAACAAUGUCGAUCUGCAAGAACUUAAACAGUGAAAUUUCCAGAGUCCUGCCGACUCUGGACGCCUUCCAAAGGGUGUUGGACCAACAGCUCUCCCCAGGGAUCGGACAUUUUCCUAAACAUAUGUCUGCUGAUUCAGGUCAGUUCGUAUCCUUUAGGCUCGAGCAACUGACAAAACUGCUUUACUCAAUAGAAGACAAGGCUAAGAGUUUUGUUUUUGAGUCUGUUGGACAUGAAGGAGGUCACAGGAAAUCUCUCAUACCGCCUGUUGUUUUUGAGGUCAAGCAAGACUCUCUGGGUAUUUCCACAAAGAUGUUUCUGAAAGUGGAUGUUGAAAGCGGGAAGCUCUACUUCAAGAAGUCGAAAGAUGGGCCUGAGGACAAAUACUUUGUGCACAACAAAAUCCUGCAGUUGGUGAAAUCUCAGAAGAUGCACGCCAAACUUGCCAUCACAGUGGAGACGGAGAAAGAGAAGACACUGCGUAAAGAGUUUGUGUUUGACAACACAAAGAAAAGGGAGGGUUUUUGCCAACUUCUUCAACAAAUGAAGAACAAGCACUCUGAAAAGCUUGAGCCUGACAUGAUCACAGUGUUUGUUGGCACUUGGAACAUGGGUAAUGCCGGUGCUCCCCACAACAUCAACUCCUGGUUUCAGUGUAAGGGCCAAGGCAAGACACGAGACGACACAGCUGAUCAAAUCCCUCAUGACUUCUAUGUGAUCGGAAGUCAGGAGGAUCCUCUGGGAGAGAGGGAGUGGUCGGAUACGGUGAAAGGUGUCCUGAGAAACAUCACAAACAUCAGCUUUAAACAGGUGGCGAUCCACACUCUGUGGAACAUUCGGAUCAUCGUUCUGGCCAAGCCUGAGCACGAAAACAGGAUCUCCCAUGUUUUCUCAGACAGCGUGAAGACGGGGAUCGCUAACACUCUGGGAAAUAAGGGAGCGGUGGGAGUGUCCUUCAUGUUCAACGGGACAUCUUUUGGCUUUGUCAACAGUCACCUCACCUCUGGAAGUGAGAAGAAGCUCAGACGCAAUCAAAACUACAUUAACAUCCUGAGAUUUCUCAAUCUGGGAGAUAAGAAGCUCAAUCCAUUUGACAUCACACAUCGGUUCACACAUCUCUUCUGGCUUGGCGAUUUGAAUUAUCGUGUUGAGUUACCUUCCACGGAAGCUGAGUACAUCGUGACAAAGAUCAAACAGCAGCAGUAUCAGGAGCUCCUCAGCAGAGACCAGCUCAGCAUGGAGAGGGAUGACGGGAAGGUCUUCUUACAUUUCGAGGAGGAGGAAAUCACGUUUGCUCCCACAUACCGCUUUGAAAGAGACACACGAGAGAAGUAUGCCUACACAAAGGCCAAGGCCACAGGGACUAAAUAUAAUUUGCCUUCCUGGUGUGAUCGUGUCUUGAGGAAGUCGUACCCUCUGGUCCAUGUGGUCUGCCAAGCAUACGGGUGCACUAAUGACAUCAUGACGAGUGACCACUCUCCAGUUUUUGCCUCGUUUGAAGUUGGAGUGGCCUCCCAGUUUGUCUCCAAGCAAGAUCUAAACAGUGCGCCAGGAGGUGGGAUACAGAUCAUGAACUGUGUGGCCAUCUUGUCUACAAAAUCAAAGACCAAGUUCUUCAUCGAGUACCACUCCAGCUGCUUAGAGAAAACAGUCAAGACGUCAGAGGGAGAGAACAUGGAGCACAUGGAUGGGUCGAUAAAAGUUUGGUUUGGCAACCAAGUUCAGCUCACACCAAUCAUCUCUGACCCUGAGUACCUUUUGGACCAACACAUCCUCAUCUGUGUGAAGUCGACAGACUGUGAUGAGUCAUAUGGAGAGGGUUGUGUCGCGCUGAGAGCUGCACAGUUCUGCUACACAGAGUUUCAGAUCACACUGACUCAUCACGGAGAGAAGACAGGAACUCUGACAGGUGGCAUUCAGUUACACACCUCUGAAGGCAAACCCACAGAGAAGCUAUACGAUUUCAUCAAAGUCGAAAAGGACGACACGGUCACCUCGAAAGGCAAAGGCGGUGACUCAAACAAGUCUUCUGUCACCCAGGCACUUGAUAUUUCUAACCCCAAUUACAUGGGAGUGUCCUUCCAAAAAGGUUGCGUAAUAGAUAAAGGUUGGAGUUACAGCAUGCCACCGAAAAAUUCUCCAAUGUUCGGGCAAGGGAGUAAGGAGCCAAAGAAGGGUGAUGUGGGCUCACGCAGUCCAACGGGGAAACCUCUGAAUCCUACGGGUGAGGGUGAACAGGCGUCAGAGAUGUUUGACAAUCCGUUAUAUGGUGCAAUGGGAAAAUCACAUUCUCGGGGAAAAGACCAAGACCACCAGCAGAAGGAUCAGCUCAUACCUCCAGAUCCCUUCUUCACAAGCUCCAAAGCAGCAGAUGCAGACUCCGAUCGCCCCCCUAUGCCCACACCCCGCAACCGCUCCUUCACCUGCUCUGAGACCAAACCCCAGCCGCCAAACCAGAUCAGCCCGAACCCCUCAGUGUACAAGAAACCAGUGGUGCCUUCGCGCUCCGAAGGAGGGAUGGGACUAAACCGGCCUCCUCUGCCUUCCAAAGCUCGACCAGGUGUGCCGGAGCCCCAGAUCACAAAAUCCAGAGACUACAGAGACAGCUCCGAACUCCCCUGCAAACUCAGACUCCCAGCAAGACCCGGCCAGCCACAGCCUCCCAAAGACACUUACUCUGAAGUUUCCAAGCCGGGCCGCUCUGUAAAGUGAAACCAGGCUGCAGCAGAGUUUACAGCUUCCUUCAUGAAAUGUAUCACACAUGAGUUAAAGUACCUGUCAACCAAAUACUUCUACAUUUGGGGGGAAGUUUGCUUCUGUAGUCAUUUAUUUACCAAAAGAUAGAGAAGAAGAGAGAAACCAUGGUCAUAUCUAUACGUUAUACGUGAAGCCGUUGCUUGCUGGAUUAGCUGAGUUUAGGGAACAAAUAAUACAGCCAGCUGGACGUCUGAGGUACUCAUGAAAAAAAUCCUUCUGGACAAAUCAAACAACCCUCCCCCUGAAGUAAAUCUUACUGCUAAGCUUUGCUAGCUGCACUUUAAAUAAUGACGGAUCCAUGUUGUUGUGCUCUUAAAAUUGUGACCUGUGCCUGUAGUGUUGAAGGUAAUGCAUAGCUUAAUGUAUCAUGUACUGACAUGAGCAUGUUAUCCAUCUCGUCUAUUUUCCAGUCAAGAAAGCAAAAAGCGUACUCAACAAAGUGUCAACCUUCUUCUGCAUUAAUAUGAUUUAAAUAUAAAACAGACUAGAUUUUUGUGAAGCUCGCUCUGAAAGAAGAAGUCCUGUUCCUCUGCUUAUAAAUAGUUCUGUUACAUGAAGAUUUCAACAGUCACCAGUAGCAAAUGAAUGUUUACCACACAGUGUUAGCUUCUACAGAUAUAUUUGCCUUGGAGAUGUACAAUAAACGCUCAAAUAAAUACUUACCAGACUGUUCUUGA